UUCCGCGCCGCAGGCGUCCGUCCCUACGUCACGUUCUGACGCGCUCUCCUCGCGCAUGCUUCACUUCUACAGCGAGUAUAAUCUGCAUUUAAAGGCAGGGAAGACUACACGGAAAGAACAAUGGGCGUAGAAGUCGAAACCAUUAGACCAGGAGACGGACGGUCUUACCCGAAGAAGGGACAGAAGGUUUCCGUGCACUACGUUGGCACGCUGACAAAUGGAAAUAAGUUUGACUCCUCCAGGGAUCGAGGACAGGCCUUCAAAUUCAACAUUGGACAGGGGCAAGUCAUUCGUGCGUGGGAUGAGGGUGUGGCGAAGAUGAGCAUUGGCGAGGUGGCCAGGUUGACCUGCUCGCCGGACUAUGCGUACGGCGCUGCAGGAUACCCACCCGUCAUUCCAGGAAAUUCCACUCUCAUCUUUGAAGUGGAGCUGCUGGGUUUUUCUUGAAGUUGAAGGUUGCCCUUCACAAUUUCUCAUGCCAUCAACAUCUCUUGACACAAAUAUCUGUUUAUUUCAAGGUGCCGUCACUAGCAUUUGUACACAUGAAUAAAUUGUAGAAAGAAUUUUGAUACCGUGGAAUGAUUGCGACAAAUUUGACACAUGCCGGUGCUAAUGUUAUUGUCACCGAGAUCAUUAAACUAAAUUUUCCCCUGUAUUCACGUGGCCUCCAUUUCUACAUUCGCCUGAUUUAAAUUAUGGAAUAAUUAGAGUGUUGUGCUUUUGUUAACCGAAUGCCCACCUAGUCUAAAAAAUGUACUUAAAAUUUGAACAUAAUUUGUUCACAACUAUUUAUUCCAGCAUCCCAGGAAAAGUGAGGUAGUGAUUAUAUUUUGGAACUGCGCCUUUUUAAUGAAGAGCUUGUUUGUUUUUCAUACAUUCACGUGUCCCUUCAACUGAUGUAUUGAGUUGAUGACUUGGAACUUUAAUGCAAUGUAAAAUAUUGCUUGAAGACAUAAACAGCUUUUUCCAUCCCUACAA